AUGGAGAGCGACGAUGAGUCGUUUUACAUUACACAAAACUCAUUUAGGCAAAAUGCAGCGAAUGAGAAUGAUUUGGACCCAAGUUUUUUUGAAUGGAUCGGCAAUGUUUCGUAUACGCCGCCACAAGACGAAAAGAAGGAGAUAAGUUCAGGAAUUCAAGAGAACGCAGCUUUGCCAAUUAUUCGUAAAAUCGCUCUGGUCAGCGACGAGGAAUUGAAAAGGAGACAAGAGGACAGAAUACCAGAAAAGACGAAGUCCAACACAGCGUGGUGUCUACGAACUUGGACUGAGUGGGCCAAGCAAAGAAGUGCGAUACGUUCCUCACUGUGUAUUAACGAACGCUACAAAGUUGUAAAUGCGGAUAUACUACUUGAGCAAGAGGAAGAGGAAUUAUGUUAUUGGCUUAGCAAGUUCAUCGUUGAAGUUAGACAAAAAAAGAAUCCAGGAAUGCCAUAUCCUCCUAAUACGUUAUAUCAGCUCGCUUGCGGAAUACAGAGACAUUUGGAAAGCCUGCGAUAA